AUGGACACAGCUAAAUGGCCUCAGGAGUUUGUUGUGAAGCCGAUGAACGAGAUCGUGACCAACACAUGCUUGAAACAGCCGAAUCCCAUUGGUGCUGCUGCUACUCCGGUGGAGAGGAAAGCGAGACCGGAGAAAGAUCAGGCUUUGAACUGUCCGAGAUGCAGCUCCUUGAACACCAAGUUCUGUUACUACAACAACUACAGCCUGACGCAGCCAAGGUACUUCUGUAAGGACUGUCGGAGGUAUUGGACCGAAGGUGGGUCCCUCAGGAACAUCCCCAUCGGUGGUGGCAUCAGAAAGAACAAGAGAUCUUCUUCCAUUUCCAAUUCCUCUUCACCUUCAAAGAAGUCUCUUUUUGCCAACAAGGACACGCCUCCACCACCACUUCCACAUGUAAACCCUAAGAUCGGUGGUGUGAAUGCCAACGAGCCGGCUAAAGAUCCCAACUUGGCGUUUUCUCAGGGUUUUGGGAAUGCCCAUGAGGUUAAAGAUCUCAACUUGGCGUUUUCUCAAGGGUUUGGGAUGGCUCAUCAUCAUCUACAUCAACAACAUCAGAACAUUCCUGAGUUUCUGCAAGUACUACCCAACAACAUGAAGAACAACAACCCACUUGUCUCAACCUCUUCAGCUUUGGAGCUUUUAGGGAUCUCUAACUCCUCCUCCAAUUCCUCUAAUUCUCGCCCUGCUUUCUUGCCUUUUCCUAACAUUCACGACUCAUCGAUCAGUUACACACCAGCGUCUGGCUUUGGUCUGAGUUACCCACAGUUUCAAGAUUUCAUGAGACCAGCUUUGGGCUUCUCUCUCGAUGGUGGGUAUGGUGGGGAUCCUCUACAUCAAGAAGAGGGAUCCAGUGGCACUACUACAGCCACGAAUAAUGGGAGGGGUUUGCUGCCGUUUGAGAGCCUGAAACAUCCAGUGCCAUCAUCAAGCAGAAGCACCAAUAGUGGUGGCAAUGGGGAUGGGAAUGGGAAUGAUCAUGAACAUGAGAAAGAAGAAGGAGAAGCUGACCAGUCUGUUGGGUUUUGGAAUGGCAUGCUAAGUACUGGUGCUUCUGCUGCCUCUGGUGGUCGUUCUUGGCAAUGA